GUCAUGUCAGUGCAUGAAUACAUGAGCACAUGAAGAGAAAAUGGCGAGGUUUCUAAACUCUAAUAUAAGGAAGUUUCUGGCCACACAGAUCAGGAUGUCGUCUGACCAGCUAGGAGAACUGGGUAAAGGUGCUGGGAAAGGAGGUGGCGGUGGAGGUGCGGUGAGGCAGGCAGGAGGUGCGUUUGGCAAGAAACAGGCCGCUGAGGAGGAGAUGUACUUCAAGAGAAAAGAGCAAGAACAAUUAGCUGUUCUGAGAAGACACCACCAGGAUGAGAUUGACCACCACAAGAAGGAAAUUGAGAGAUUACAACAGGAGAUUAGUCGCCAUGAGGGCAAAAUCAGAAAACUUAAACAUGAUGACUGAGACUGGCGAACCAAGACAUUACAUUUCAUAAAUAAAUGCCCCA